AUGAUCCAUGUGCCAUCCGGAUGCAGUAAUGGUUAAACAAAAAUUGCUAAGCGGAAACGUUCAAAUUAAACAUCACACCAAAAGCGUUAGCUGUAUAUCGUUGCUAUGCAGUUACUGUGUUGAAUUUUUGAUAAAGGAUGUUUAAAUAGUUGCUGUUUCGUUCCGACUUGAGAGAAAAUAUAAAUGCGGAGUGUUUGAUAUAAAAUUCUCACAAAAAUAUGAUUUUACCAAACACUUGCCUGUACUUACUGUUGAGCAAACCUAAUCAUGCGUUGCAACAAUAAAGCAUUAUAUGACACAAAAAUAUAAUUUAAAUAAACACUUUAUUUUUUAUACUGAUUUAUGUACGUUUUAUUAUAAAUCUUUCUUUAAAUCGACUUUAAUGUGUUCAUUGAAAUAAAGUUAAUAUUAAUGCAGUUUAUGCUAUAAAAUAUUUCACAAAAACAUAAUUUAAAUAAGCACUAUUUAAAACUUUAUUCAUGCAGUAUGUGUAACACAUGGUUUAUUGAAUCAUGCAGUAUCAAUAUAACAACAUAUCUUUCAAGUCAAAAUGUUACUGAAAUUAUUUUCUCUGCACAGUGAAGAAAAAUCAUCAUGGAUGACAUGGCGUUCUCACAAAGACAAGAUUUGUAUAAAAACUCUAUUAUUAAUGCUGAAGAAAAACUUAAUUUGUGCAGUGUGUGUAAUAAAUCUUUCGUACAGAAAAGUAGCUUAAAUCGACACUAUCUGGUACAUACUGGUGAGAAACCUUUUUCAUGUAAUGUGUGCAAUAAAAAAUUCACACAGCAAUCUAAUUUAACGAAACAUUCACUUAGUCAUUCUGGGAUGAAACCUUAUUCAUGCAGUAAAUGUGAUAAGACAUUCACUCGAAAAGAUCUUUUAGACAAACAUUUUUUUGUUCAUACUGGAGAGAAACCUUAUUUAUGUAAGGUGUGUUAUAAAUCUUUCACUCAUAAAAGAAAUUUAAGUAGUCAUUAUUUUGUUCAUACUGCAGAGAAAUCAUAUUCGUGCAAAGUGUGUAAUAAAUCUUUCAAAUAUAAACUAAGUUUAACUCGACACUAUCUUAUUCAUAUGGGAGUGAAGCCUUAUUCAUGUGAUGUAUGUAAUAAAACAUUCUCUCAAAAGCAUGAAUUAAACCGGCACUCUGUUGUUCAUACUAGUGGAAAGCUCUAUUCAUGCAGUGUGUGUGAUAAAUCUUUUACUCAUAAAAGAAGUUUAAACAGACAUCAUCUUGUUCAUACUGGAGAAAAACCUUAUUCAUGCAGCGUUUGUGAUAAAUCUUUCAAGCGAAAAUAUAACUUAGAUUCUCAUUAUCUUCUUCACAGUGAAGGAAAACCUUAUUUAUGCAGCUUAUGUGAUGAAGCAUUCUCAAAGAAACAUGAUUUAAAUAAACAUUUUCUUGUUCAUACAGGAGGGAAACCUUAUUCGUGCAAUAUAUGUGAUAAAGCAUUUUUACGCGAACAUGAUUUGAAAGAACACUCGGUUGUUCAUACUGGAGAAAAACCCUAUUCGUGUAGUGUGUGCGGAAAAUCUUUUGCGCACAAGAGGAAUUUAAAUAGGCAUAAUCUUGUUCAUACUGGAAAUAAACCCUAUUCAUGCACUGUAUGUUAUAAAGCAUUUGCACAGAAAGAUGCUUUAAACAUACAUUCUAAUGUUCAUAUUGGAGACAAAUCUUUUGUGUGUAGUGUGUGUAAUAAAUCUUUCGCAUAUUUAAGAAGUUUAAAUCGUCACUAUCUUAUUCAUAAUGCAGAAAAACCUUAUUAAUGCAGUUAUAUAUGAUAAAGCAACCUCACAAAAUAAAAAGAAUUAAUCCUUUUCAUACUAGUUAGAGGUCUUGUUUAUGCCUUGCAGUAUGAGUGAGAAAAAAUUUAUCCAGAAAGUAAAUUGAAAUAAACCCUUACUCAUACUGGCAAGAAGUCUUAUCUAUCCAGUUUGUCUAAUUAGUCUUAAGCAUAUGUGUAUAAACAAACAUUCCUACAGAAAACUCAUUGAAAUUCAUGUUUUAGUUCCUACAAGAGAGAAACUUCAUUUAUGCUGUAUGUGUAAUAAAUCCUGAACUAAUGAAUCAAAUUUAAAUAACUUGUGUGCUUCUCAAAAAGUAGAGCAAUUUAUGAUUUAAAAAUACCUAAUGAACAAUUUAGGAAAAUUGCUAGAAAAUGUAUCUUGCGUAUAAAAAUUAUACCAAAGAAAAUGGAACAAAAGAGCAGAGUUAGUUAUGUUUGUUGUAAGUUAUUUUAAUAUGUGUAAUGUUUGUGCAGAUUUUUUGGGACCCUUGACCCAUUUGUGCCUAGCGUACUUUUAAAAGGAACCUUCCAUAUUUAUUUGUAAAUUUACUAAAUUUUAUUUUACUUCAUUCUAAUGGAAAUAGUAAAAUAUUAUAAUAAAGUUCUGUCUUUUUUAUUACGCACAAGCAGGGUUGGCUGGUUCAUACCAAUGUAGUUUAGACCAAAAAAAUUUUUUUUUAAAGAAAAUCAUUUAGAUGACUUAAUUUGUUGUUUAUAUAAUUAUCUUUACUGUAAAUCCAACCAUAUGAAAAAGAAUUUUUUCAUUAAAAUCUUUAUAAUCUUAAAUUUUAUUGCCAAUGUCAGUCUGUUGCUACAUGAUGAUUAAUAUAUAUGAUGAAUGUAUGAUGUGAUAGAAACUUAUUUGAUGUUUAAUUUUUAAAUGUUAACUUAUUCUUAUUCUUCUGCAGAAAUGUAUUUGCGAAAUAAAUUAAUGUGGAUAAAUUUAAAAUUAAGUCGAAAUGUCUCUAAAAAUUCUUAAAAUCAGGAUUUGAUUCUUCUGUGAACCUCAAAACUGUGAUUUGCAGAUUUUGGCAAAUCAAUAAUUUACAUUCUGUCAAAAUUUUCUCCGAGUUCCACUAAUUUAAAUUUCACUACUAACACAAAAUCGUGUCGAAUCUGCCCUUAUCAGAGACCACUUUUCUUCCUAAGUUUUUAUUUAUGCACAACAGUGACUUUUUUUACUUGGAUUUGUGAGAGAAAAAUGCAACUUCAAAAAACUUCCAGAACAUGAGACUAGGAAGAAACAUAUUAAAUAGUAACUUCAGCUAAAACUACUGAAUUACUUGAGCACUCAGAAGCAUAAAAUUGAUGAUCUAAAAGUAAUUCCGAAAUAGCAAACAUUUAAAAGAUUGCUUGCCAGAAAAAUUAUGUUUUUUCUCAUUUUUUUUAACUUAUAUUUUAAUGUGUAAAAAUUUUGCUGCAAAUUCCAAUUUGUAACAGAAGAAUUAUUGAAUGAAUGUAAUAUAUUUGUCAGAUUUUUGUUUGGCUAAAAUUUAAUCAAAUUUAUUUGUAAUAUGAUAUUGCAACAUGCUUAUUUUGAUUAACAUGCUUGAUAUCAAUGAAAAACUUGUGCCUGAUCUUUCUUUUCUUUUGCAGUUAAUACAAUUAUAAUUUUCUCAUGGGUUUUAAAAUCCCAAUAUUAUCACGGCAUGCAAAAUGUAAAUUGCACAUUUCAGUGAUACUUUUUCAUGCACUCGAUUUGUGUUGAUGCCAUCGUAAGAUUGUGCGGUGUUUCUAUCGUUUUAUUGGCUAUAAUUGUUAUGAAUUUUCUCUAUGUUUAUUUUAAAAACCUAUAUUUUUUAAACAUUAUUAUUACAAAAUGAAAAAUUCAAUUUAUCAGUCAAUUUUUGAGAGGGCAAUGCUUUUUUCAUAGUUAUCUUUACUGAUAUCCUUGUAGUUUUCGAUAUAUUUGAUCGUGAUAUUUUAUACACAAUAUUCAGAAUCAAGAAAUUCAUAUUGCACACUUAAGUAAUAAUUUUUUUAUAUGAUUUGUGCAAAAGCAAUAUGCUCAAUUUACUAAUCCAUGUGCUGUUUCAAUGCUGUUUUUUUCUUUGGCAGUUAUUGCUGUUGAUUUUAGCAUGACUUCUUAAAAUCCUGAUAUUAUUAUGGGAAAUUCAAAUCGCCUACCUGAGUAUUCACUAUUUUAUGCAAUAUUCUAUCAUUUUCUCAAUAAAGUUUUUGGCAGUUAUCGCUA